CGGCUGCCAGCGCUCCAGCCCCCAGCAUGGAAUGAAUCUAUGCACUUCUUCUGGAUAAGUGUGGGGGGCCUUCCCGCCCUGGCGUCCAUGAGCAAGGCCACGGAUCCCCGCUUCCGCGCCCGCUGGAAGGUGAUCCUGCCGUCCGUUGUGGGCGCUGCCGUCCUCUGGCUGCUGUGCUCACACCGCCUGUCCCCAGUCAGGCCCCCUGUGCCCAGUGCCCACAACCAGAAAUUCGGCCAGGAGGCCAUUGACUGGUACAAUGACACCUAUCCCCUGUCGGCGCCCCAGAGGACGCCAGGCGGGACCCGGUACCGAAUUGCUCUCAUUGCCGACCUGGACACUGACUCAAAGGCCCAAGAGGAAAACACCUGGUUCAGUUACCUAAAGAAGGGCUAUCUGACCCUGUCCAACAGCGGGGACAAAGUGACCGUGGAGUGGGACAAAGGCCACAGGGUCCUGGAGUCCCACCUGGCAGAAAAGGGGAGGGGCAUGGAACUGUCUGACCUGAUCGUCUUCAAUGGGAAGCUGUACUCCGUGGAUGACCGGACCGGGGUUGUGUACCAGAUCGAGGGCACCAAGGCCGUGCCCUGGGUCAUCCUGUCUGACGGCGAUGGAACUGUGGGGAAAGGCUUCAAAGCUGAGUGGCUGGCAGUGAAGGACGAGCGUCUGUACGUGGGCGGCCUGGGCAAGGAGUGGACCACCACCACGGGGGAGGUGGUCAAUGAGAACCCUGAGUGGGUGAAAGUGGUAGGCUUCCGGGGCAGCGUGGACCACGAGAACUGGGUGGCCAGCUACAACGCCCUGCGAACUGCUGCAGGGAUUCACCCACCAGGCUAUCUCAUCCAUGAGUCCGCCUGCUGGAGCGACACCCUGCAGCGCUGGUUCUUCCUGCCGCGCCGGGCCAGCCACGAGCGCUACAGCGAGAAGGACGACGAACGCCGGGGCACCAACCUGCUCCUGAGCGCUGCCCCGGGCUUCAGGGACAUCUCCGUCCGCCGCAUCGGGGAGGUGGUCCCCACGCACGGCUUCUCCUCCUUCAAGUUUGUCCCCAACACUGACGACCAGAUCAUCGUGGCCCUCAAGUCUGAGGAGGACGGCGGCAAGAUCGCCACCUACAUCAUGGCCUUCACGCUCGACGGACACUUCCUUCUGCCGGAGACUAAGGUUGGAAGUGUGAAGUACGAAGGAAUAGAAUUUAUUUAAAUUUUAAAAACCAAGACGUCGGACAAGGCUGAGGAGUGGACGGUUUUAAGCUAUGUAGGGACUCAAAUCUAUAAAAGCAGAGGGCUUUCCUUUCCUGGUAUUUGUUUUGCUGUUUUUCUUUGCGGGACUCCGAGGUGGGUGGGUAUAGAGGCCUCCAGAGUAGGGAGUUAGGGGCGCGGCGUGUGGAGCAGCCCAGACCUGUCUUCUCGGAGCUGGGAAGGGCCAGUCCCCAGGCCAGUCCCCAGGCCAGUCUUAGGGCUGCUGGUCCUGCGCGCUGACACCUGGCGGCGGAAGCUGAGCACUGCAGGCACCACAGCAAGGGCCCCGCGUCUGCCCGGCCCGGCGCCCCCUCUGCCUCCCUUUCUCUUCUUUCCAUUGUUCUUUUGUUCAAUAAACGUUUCUUCAGCUCCUGCCCUGUGUCCAGCACUGAGCCCCUGGGGACACAGCAGUGACCCUGAAGUGCGCCUUCCCAUCAGGAACUCCAGGUCCCGCCUUUUCCUCCUGCCCUCCUGCUUGGGAAGGACCGUGGACUCCCUCCUCGGGACUCUCUGGGACGUUUCUGGGCUGUAUGAGCGAGGGCCGGCCCCUGGGAGCACGGGAUGCUACAGGAAAGGUCGCUAGCCCACCGUCUGUCCCCAAGCCUCACAUCAGACAACUUCGAUUUCACACCCCGGUUUCAUUUCCUCCCUUCAGGAAAAGUCUGUGGCUCCGUAGCUAUUUGAAGUUUUAAUUAUUAACUUACUCUAAUUAAAGCAGUUCCCUUUCUUAUAAAAGGGAACCGCCAAGUCUCAUCACACAGAGCCAAGUCCCGGGCUAACAGACUGUUCCCCCAGUGGAGGGAAUUGUGACCAAGAGCUACAGUGGGUGAGGCAGGUUUUACCCACCUGUGAGCCCUUGGCCAAAGGAUGCAAAAUACGGAACAGCAUCUUCUCCAGCACCAGAAACUGCCCUGCCUGCAAGGACUCCCACGAGUAGCUCGGAUAGCAUUGCUGAGUCCAGUGAGACCCCGGGUCCUGGCAAGCCUCGGCCCGGCGCCGUGGAUGGGCCUGCCGGCCCUGCCCGCACUCUGCGUCCCGCCCUUCGUCCCCCCUCUUCCCGUGGGAGUUCCGCAGCCUCUUCAGGGAAUCCUCCCACAAACUCUGGCUUGUCUGGGCCCUGUGGUCUGUUCGCAAUGCCCCGGGGGAAAGGCAGAGGGUUUGGGACAGAGGUCAGCCAGGACCCAAGCCGAGGGGGCCCCUGGCCCAGAAGCUGCCUCACCCCCAGGAGAACGCAGGGCGCCUGGAUGGUAGGAAGGGCCGCCUCCCACUCUGGCUGCUGCUCUGUGGACCUGUCCCGAGACUUCUCAAGUUUGAAACUGCAACACAGCCACCAGGAGAGAGCCCAGUGAGGGUCCCUCUUCCUUGAGCUGCUGGUCAUUUGUUUUUUCUAUUGAGCCACAAAAGUGAGAGAACAGAAAACCGGCUGUUGACAGUGACACGAUUAUCUCAGCACAGCUCCCACUGGACCUGCCUUUUCUGACGGUGCCUGGAGGGCUCCCUGACCCACCUCCUUGACAAACGGCAGUGAUGUCAGUGCUGCGAGAUUUAAAAAUGCAGAGAUGGAAUUAGGAAGGUGGGGAGACUCGGGACAGUCGCCACGUUGAGACCUUUCUGAGGCUUUUGUGUUGAGGCCUUGGCAGGGCCAGGGUGCCCAGAGCAGCCUGCUCGCCCCACUGUGACUUUGAAACGUUUUAAAUAAAUAUUUGCCGCUGUGAUUGUAACAAUCGUGCUCCUUGCUGGAGCCAUUGUUCUGUGAACAAUAAAGUGUAGAGGGGCUGGGA